UACGAGAACAAACGGUCGGUUCUGGAAACAAAAGUUAGUUAACAUUAAAAUCCGGAUUAUACCGGAACAGUUGGGAUUCGGAACAAGCUCCGACUGUUUUCUCAACGAUUAAUUGAAAACAGAGAAGCAAAAUGAAACAGGAGAACGAGUCGGACUCGGCCGUCCGUUGAGCUGACUUUUUUACGAAUGACGUCGACUCUCAUCGCGGUCGGAGAAGACGCCGCCGCCGACUGCGACGGCCUGUGGUCUCCCGCGAAGGAGAAGGCCGCCAGCAGGGGAGUCUACGGCGGCCGCUCGUCGCUCCUCUACCGCCGCUUCGGGCUGCUCGUCGGUGGCGCGAGGACCAGGCUUCUUUUCUCUCUUUGCGCUGUUAGCUUCCUGGUUAUGUUCUCCUCUAGAAUCGGUCCUUUCAUGGGUUGGAACCCUGACUACCCUUCUUCGGUCUCUUCUCCUUCCAGAGGUGGCUACACAGUGCUUAUCAACACGUGGAAACAGAAUUCUGUUCUUAAGCAAUCUGUUGCUCACUAUGCAUCCUGCAGUGGGACUGAUGCCAUACAUGUCGUGUGGAGUGAAAGUGAUCCGCCAUCGGAUAGUCUAAAAGCUUUUCUGAAUAUAAUUGUGUCGGUAAAGUCACAGACAGCUCACAAACCCAACUUCAAGUUUGUCCUGAAUGAGGAAGAAAAUUUGAACGAUAGAUUUAAGCCAAUUAAGGAUCUCAGAACAGAUGCAAUUUUCUCAGUGGAUGAUGAUGUAAUCGUACCAUGCGAUACCCUAGAUUUUGCCUUCACGGUAUGGCAAAGCGCUCCACAGACAAUGGUGGGAUUCAUUCCUCGCAUGCAUUGGCUUGCUCAGGAGAAAAGUAGCAUGGCAUACUAUAAAUAUGGAGGAUGGUGGUCAGUUUGGUGGACGGGCAGUUACAGUAUGGUUCUCACAAAAGCAGCAUUCUUUCACCGAACGUACUUGGACUUGUACACUCACGAAAUGCCCUCGUCGAUCCAUGAUUACAUAAUCAGAGAGAGAAACUGUGAAGACAUUACUAUGUCUCUGCUUGUUGCAAAUAUCACUGAUGCCCCUCCAAUCUGGGUCAAAGGGAAGAUACAUGAUAUUGGAUCAUCAGGCAUAAGCAGUUUAAAAGGGCACAGCAACACAAGAAACAAAUGCCUGAAUGAUCUCAUCUCCCUCUACGGGAUGAUGCCGCUUGUAUCAACAAACGCAAAAGCAGUUGAUGCGAGGCACGGAUGGUUCUGGUGAUGAAGCUGAUUUUAUUCGUUCAGUACCGGUACUCCUCUCUCGGUAUCCACGGAAUCAGAGUUUGUAUAUUGUUUUGCCUUCUCAUACAUCCAUGCUCUAUAUUUAGAUCUCAAACACCUGAUUUUGCUUUUAGUUGACCUGUUGUGUUAUAUGAGUUGAGUAAAUUUACUUCGUUGUUUCAUUUGUGUAUAUAUCGAAAUUCAAAAUACAACUAAAUGAAAACGACCAAAAAAAAAAAAUCAUUGUCUUGGAAAAUU